GCGGAGUGAGGCAGCGAGUGAGCGGGCGGGCAGGCAGGCAGGCAGGCAGCCGGCCGGCGGCCGCAGGAGAUGUGCCCGGAGGAGGACGGCGGCUGCGGCGGCGGCGGCGUGGCCGGCACCGGCGGCCCCGAGGCGGCGGUGGCUCUGGACGAGCUCCGCUCCUGGUGGGAAGUCCCGGCCAUCGCGCACUUCUGCUCCCUCUUCCGUACCGCCUUUCGCCUGCCCGACUUCGAGAUCGAGGAACUGGAAGCUGCUCUUCACAGGGAUGAUGUGGAGUUUAUCAGCGACCUGAUCGCCUGCCUGCUUCAAGGUUGCUAUCAGCGCAGAGACAUCACAUCCCAGACGUUUCACAGCUACCUGGAGGACAUCAUCAACUACCGCUGGGAGCUGGAGGAAGGGAAACCCAACCCCUUGCGGGAGUCCACCUUCCAGGAGCUGCCUCUACGCACCCGGGUGGAAAUCUUGCACCGCCUCUGUGACUACCGCCUCGAUGCAGAUGAUGUCUUCGACCUUCUCAAGGGCUUGGAUGCCGACAGCCUCCGCGUGGAGCCACUGGGCGAGGACAGCAGUGGUGCCCUGUACUGGUACUUCUAUGGCACGCGGAUGUACAAGGAGGAUCCUGUGCAGGCGAAAACCAAUGGAGAGCUGGCUCCAGACAGGGGAUGCGGGGGGCAGACUAACACCCCAAACGUUCCUGGGAAAACGGGCAAGAGACGAGGGCGACCCCCAAAGCGGAAAAAACUUCUGGAGGAAAACCUGCUGAGGGAGAAGGCAGAAGAGAACUUGCUAAUCCGUGAGACUCAGAUAAGAAAUGGGUCCCAAGGGCCUGGCCGUGGGACAUGGUGGCUGCUGUGUCAGACGGAAGAGGAGUGGAGGCAGGUCACAGAGAGCUUCAGAGAGAGAACUUCCCUUAGAGAGCGGCAGCUCUACAAACUCUUGAGUGAAGACUUCCUGCCGGAGAUCUGCAACAUGAUUGCACAGAAGGAGAAGCGUCUGCAGCGGACAGAAUUUUCUCCCAGGUGGAUGUCUGACCAUCAGCCCAUCAAACCAAUCAAGCAGGAGGUAAACCCAAAUGUGCUGAGUUCAAUGGAGAAGCAGAGGCGCAGAGAGGAAGAGGAGGAACGCCAAAUCCUCAUAGCAGUGCAGAAGAGGGAGCAAGAACAGCUGCUAAAGGAGGAGAGGAAGAGAGAGAUGGAGGAGAAGGUCAAAGCAGUGGAAGAACGGGCCAGGAGGAGGAAGCUUCGUGAAGAGCGGGCCUGGCUGCUGGCGCAAGGGAAGGAGCUCCCCCCUGAGCUUUCUCACUUGGAUCCCAGUUCCCCUACCAGGGAAGAGCGAAGGACCAAGGAUCUCUUUGAACUUGAUGAUGAGUUCACAGCCAUGUACAAAGUUCUAGAUGUGGUAAAGGCUCACAAGGACUCUUGGCCCUUCUUGGAACCUGUUGAUGAAUCGUAUGCUCCCAACUACUACCAGAUCAUUAAGGCCCCCAUGGACAUCUCUAGCAUGGAGAAGAAGUUGAAUGGAGGUCAGUACUGUACCAAGGAAGAAUUUGUGGGCGAUAUGAAGACCAUGUUCAGGAACUGUCUUAAGUACAAUGGUGAAGGCAGUGAAUAUACCAAGAUGGCUUACAACUUAGAGAGGUGUUUCCACCGAGCAAUGAUGAAGCACUUCCCUGGGGAAGAUGGAGACACAGAUGAGGAGUUUUGGAUCAGAGAAGACGGGAGACGAGAGAAGAGGAGCAGGCGGACUGGCCGCUCCAGCACAGGCAAUGUUUGGACUCGGUCUCGAGACCCAGAUGGAGCAGGGAAAAGGCAGCAACGCCUGGAAAAUGGAGGAAAACCUCCACCAUAUCGAGCUGCUUCCAGGGCUCCUGCUUCUUCCUCCUCUUCCUCUUCAUCCUCCUUCUCCUCGUCCUCUGCAGACGAUCAGAGUGGCAACCCAAUGCAGCCUCCUCGAGAAGUAGGUCCUUCCAAUGGGAGAGGUUUCCCUCGCUCUCUGCAGUAUGGCGGCAUGCCCAGCCCUGUACCACAUCCCGGACAGAUGAGACCAGCUGUGCCAGGAACGUUUGGUCCCCUGCAUGGAUCAGAUCCCACCAAACUGUACGGCUCACCGCGAGUGCCUGAGCCCCAUCCUGGAGACCCGGUCCAGCAGCACCAGCACUUCUCCAUGCAGCCGGCCGUGGGACUGAGCGAGCACCGCGGGCACAGGCUGGCAGCCCCAGAGAAGCAGGCAUGCGCAGGACCGACCCACGUCUCUGGCCUCAGCCCCCGGCCAGGCGCCCUGCAGCUGGGGCGCAUGAGCGGCCCCCCGCCAGACGCUGUGUACCCACCAGCCCAGUUCCAGCAGGGCUUCCUUCCCCCGAGGCACAACGGGCCCCCCAUGAGGCCGCCGGAGGGCUCGGAGGUCCCCCCAGGGCACAUGUACCGGCCCUACAAGUACCUGAACCGCGCACACCCAGCCCUAUGGAACGGCAGCCACGGCCCCACCGCCCAGGGCACUGUGGGGCCAGAGGAGAAGGCGCCCAUGGGGCCGGGGCCCUCUCUCCAGCCCCGCACCCUGGGUCAUAUGAUGGACCCGCGGUCCAUGAGGCCACCACUGCCUCCCAGCCAGUGGACUGAGCAGUCCAAUUUCCUACCUCACGGGGUGCCUCCCUCAGGAUAUAUCAGACCGCCCGGGAAAGCCACGGGGCAGAGGAUGCCACAGCCACCAGCUGCUCUGUUUGGGGGACCGCCCCAGGUUCAGAGGGGGAGCCAGGGCGGGGAGUCCAUGAUGGACAGCCCGGAGAUGAUCGCCAUGCAGCAGCUGUCCUCCCGCGUGUGCCCGCCGGGUGUGCCUUACCACCCUCGCCAGCCGCCGCCGCCGCACCUCCCCGGGCCCUUCCCGCAGCUGGCUCACGCUGCCUCCGCCGCCGGCGUGCAGCCCCCAAAGCCUGCCGUGGGCAAUGGGGGCUCACAGGAUCCCACCGCACAGAGCAUGGAGAUGGACAGCAACCAAGUAGAGCCACCAGCAGGCAUGGACGAGAAGGCUCAGUGCAUUGGCAUUCCCGACGGAGCCUACGCCAAAAUCCUACCUCAUCCCAAGCCCCCACUGCCCAUGGAGUGCACCAGGCACGCCUUGCCCCCAGAUGGGGAGGGAGAUGGUUCCAGUGUGAAGGGCGACCUGAAGGCAGGACAGGGCAAAGGCUCGUGGCCGGCGGAGAGCAGCUAUGCCAGUGGCCCAGGCUGUGUGAGGGACCUGGUGCACACCUCUGAGAGAGGCGGUCCCCUGCCUGAGAAUGGGGCAGCGGGCGAGGGGCCAGCAUCUGAUGCCGAGGGGAAGGGGCUCGCUGCCAACCUGCUGGAGAAGCCCCUCUGUGGUGGGGGGAAGGCUCUGCCUGAAGCAGCUGUACCUUGCAUGGGACAGGGCACUGGCCUCCCUGGCAUGGAUGCCAGCUCCAUGGGAGCUUCCCCCAACCAGUUCCACCCUCUCUACAUGCCUGGUCUGGAAUACCCAAAUUCAGCUGGGCGUUACCACAUCAACCCAGGCUUGCAGGGGUUCGGUCCCAUGAUGGGGGGAAAGCCUCCUCCUCCUGCCUCCCACCCUCAGCAUUUUCCUCCACGGGGUUUCCAGCCAAGCAGUGCCCACCCUGGCAUCUUCCCCCGGUAUCGGCCCCCCCAGGGCAUGCCCUACCCCUACCAGCCACAGCCUCAACCUUCCUACCACCACUACCAGCGACCGCCCUACUAUGCCUGUCCGCAGGGCUACUCGGACUGGCAGAGGCCUCUCCAUCCCCAGGCCAGCCCCAGCGGGCAUCCCACUGCCCAUCCAUCCCUGGCCAGACCCCUUUUCCCGGACCGGGGGUCCACCAGUGGCUUGCAGGGCUGCGAGGCGCUGAGCGCUGCCCUGGCCUCUCCCAACCGCAUGGACAUAGCGAGUGCCAAAGAGGUUUCUCCAAGCGAUGGGCAGGAUCUGGGGCCUGAAGAUGAGAAGUCCGAGGAGUCCCAGGAAAGACCAGAGAGUCCCAAAGAGUUUCUUGAUUUGGACAACCACAAUGCAGCCACAAAGAGGCAGAGCUCGGUGGCAGCAGGGGAGUUCCUCUACGGAGCCCCACCACCACACCUGGGCUCGGGGAUGGGAUUCGGCCCAUCAGCUUUCCCUCCCCAUGGGGUCAUGCUACAGACUGGCUCUCCUUAUGCAUCCCGGCAUCCCGCCAGUCAUUUCCAGCCCAGGACAUAUGGAUCGCCCAUGAAUGCUCACCUAUCUCAUCAUCCGGUCUCUAGCCAGACUAACGGCCUCUCUCAGGAGGGACCCCUGUACCGCUGCCGAGAGGAGAACGUAGGUCACUUUCAGGCCUUGCUGAUGGAGCAGAGAGGCAGUGGAAGUGGCAUGGGGGGGCCACCCCAGGACUUGUAUAGACCCUCGGGAAUGCAAAUGCAUCAGGCUCAAGUUCCCUUCCCAAAGAUGCCUACAGCAACCAUGUCCCGGGAAGAUUUGACGUCACAAAAACCAUCAGCAUUGCCUCUGGAUCAAAGCUAGUCCGAGGAAGGAAGGACCUCAUGAAGACGAAAGCCACGCACGAUUUGGACAAGGGGGAGGAGGGGCAGGCCUUCCUCCCACCUCCCCUGACCCGAGCAGCAUGUAGCUUCCUGGAUGCAUGGAACACAGUGCUGCGAUGGCUUUUGUGUUGGGAACCUGGAGCGGUGCUGGGCCCCAGCCAGCCGAGCAGCUGGCUCGCCACCACAGGGCGAGCAUCACACUCUGGUGGCUUUCCGUGACCAGAGACUGCGUCUCAUUCAGGGUUUGAGGGAUUUUUGGGGUGGGGGGAGGGUGGGGGUGGGGGCAGAAAUGUUCAUUGACUGCUAAACUCAGGUAUAUUUUUCAGGGUGGAAGAGGACGAUGAUGGAAUUUUACUUGUAGUAUUAACAUGUGUGUUUUGGAGCUGGAUCCAGUUUACAGAAUUUAACCUGUUGCCUUUUUAAAUAAAUUUCUGUUGUUGGUGAAUGUAUUGUACAUAAUGGGGGAGGGGGUGGGCCCAGCUUGUAGUGGGCUUAGCACUGGAGGAAUCCUUAACUGUUUACAAUCAUAUCACACUGAAAUCUUUCAGGAUACAGUGAGGGUCUGGGGGGAGAGGGGAGGGAAUGAAUGAUGGAUGACUUGCUGUCCUCCUUCCUGUCCUCUGCAACCAAGAUAUGACCCAAUGGUUGGUUGACUUAGUAGCAGGAAUUGCUCAGGAGCAUAAUGUGUCCUCCUCUUUCUCUUGUCUUCUUCCUCCUUCUCUUCUCACCCCCACCUCUGCCCCUCUGGAUCCAGGGCCUGAGUGCACUUCCAGCUCCUGUCAGCAUGGGGGAACAAGGAAACCAGGACCAGGAAUUGAAACCAGAAUGGGACACUCAGGGCAUCGUCCCUUCUGCUAGUAUAGUACCCUUUCUGCCUUUCUGAUAGGAGAAAUGUGUGCUCUGGAAAACAAAAAAUGGCAUAACUGGUCAUCUUAGCCUAUUUUUGGUGAAACCAAUGCAGCUGCUGGUGGAGUGGCACCUGUCCAGUAGAACAAACUGUGCAAAUCUGUAGUGCCCUGCUGCCUAAGGGCAGGAGCCAAGUUCUUUCUCUGACCCUUGGCUAUAUUCACUUCUUAGCAGCUGCAAAGCAGGCAGUACCCCAGUGUUCCUGACCACUCUCAGUUCCUGUGGAGGAAGAGCAUGAGGCUGCUUUAGUGGAAUGGAAUUGUUGGUUUAAUGCAAUGUGAGCCAUUUGUUGGCCUGUGGAGUUGGAUUUGGCAUUUGCAAGUUGCAGGUGAAUCAGAAAACACUGAUUCCAAAUCAGAUGUUGAGGUUGCAUGUCUCAGAGGUUGAGGGAUGAGAGGGCAGUAUGCUAGAGUUGAGUUGGUUUAACUUUGUCAUCACUGAUAGGUAGCAGCAGGUCCUACAGGGCUAGUGGCAGCUUCACUUGGCUGCAUGCAUUCUAUAGGGGCUUUCCUCUUGUACCGGUUGCAGUACUUUGUCAGCCACUGGUGUUCAAAGGCAGGUUUAGCAAAUAAAUUCAGUAGGAAUCUCAUCUGCAUUUAUUCACACCUUAAAGCUAACAGGCAAACAGAUUUGAUAACUCUUGGGGGAGCUGGGGUAAAACAGGGGAGUCUCUACAUCACAAGGCAGGGCAGCAAGAUCUGCUGGGACCAUAGCCCUAGUGGGCAGGCUGCUGGUUGCACUGAGGGGUACAGGGGUAUGGUUAAAGGGAGGAUGUACUGAUGUGUUGGACAAAUCAUGCUAGCAAGAGCACUAGAAGUGAGGACAGAGCAGUGUGCCCUUUAGUCUGUGCUACCAGCUAGGAGAGGGUCUUUGGAAGUUUCUGGAGAAUUUUUCUGGCUGCUUUGUUGUCUUGGAUGGUGCUAUCACCUCUAUCUUCAGCUGGAUUGCACUAGCAUGCAUGACUGUACUGCCUUUGUCCUGCUGUAUAGAUCUACCAUGUGCUGGCAAAGCUGCUUGAGCAAACAUCAGGUAGCAUCUAACUGAGCCAUUAUCCUUCUGUCCUAAGCUCUUAUAAGCACAAAAAUCCUAAAAGAUGAGAAUAUUUCUCUCUUAAAAUAAUUAGAACAGGGAAGGGCCACCACAUUUAUGCCCUCUUACCAAUAACUUCCACUGCUCUGUUGCUACAGUACUUUUGCCUCUGAGGUGUGCAGGGCCAAGGCAUUUUCCAAGCCUAACAGGAGUUAAACUUCUUCAUGCUAUUCCCUCAAGUGUGAUUAUAAAUGCAGUUUUUGUUACUCACUGCUGCUGCUAGCCUGUGAACUAUAGCUGCUGUCUGCUUAGAACCUCGAGUUGCCUGGGACAGCUGGUCCCUCAACAAAGGAAGACUUCAAUAUAAUGUGAAUCACUUACAAUGCCUAUCUAUAGAUGCCAUUACAAAAGGGAGAUUUUUUGGGGGGUGGAUUUCUUUUUUCCUUUUCAUUUGUGCUGAUCUGUCAAGAAGCAAUUGUCACUGGUGGAUUGGUGUAAACUGGAAUAGAUGAUCCUGAAGGUUGUCUAUUGACUGAGAACCAGGUAGCUGCUCUCCCUAGCCAAGAACAUUGUGCUAUGGCUCAUCUGAAAUAGUCCUAGAUCUGAGGGUCUGCUGCUGGCUCAUCAGCUGGCAGUGGGUUUUCAGAGGUGCCCAAGCUGCUCUGAAAUGCAGGCCUAGAUCUCCUACUGAAGGGAGAUACUGAAGCAGUUGCAGGUAUAUAUGAAAAACACCAAGUGUAGCAGCUCUUCAAGACAAUAAACCUGAGACAAAGGAAAACACAGUUGCUUCUCCUUGUAAAGCAAUCUUUAGUUCAUUGUAGGUAGAAAAAGGAUUGGAAAUAGCACACUUAAAAAUAGAGGAACUGUAAAAUGUAACUUGUAGCAAAGUAUUUGAAAUUCUGGAAAUGUGAAUGUAGGUUCUUCCAUCCACCCCUGCUGUACUUCAGCCUGUGUCUUCUGUCUCAUUACCCAAAUAUUUGAAGUGCCUUUCAUUCAGCUUGUUGUGAACUUUGUGAAACAGGAGGUUUUUAGAAGCUACAAAAAAAAACAACUAAGCAAGCUGAAGCACUCUUGGCCUUCAGCUGGAACUGGCACUGAAAUCAUGGUUCCUAGUGGUCAUGGUAUCUGGAUGAGUACCAAGCCCAGAUCAAAACAGGGAACAAAUAAGAACAAGAAUUACUUGUGGUCUGCUUGGAGAGCAUAGUGGAGUGUUGGACAGUGACAGAUACCCUGAGGAUCUUAUGUGGAGUGUGUGACAUGAAGAUAUUACCCCUUACCUGAUAUAAUGCAAAUCUGGGAGAAGGGUUUAACUUGUGGAUGGUAGACAAAACGGAUUAGUGACUGACUCCUUUUGGGAGGGUUUCUAGGUAAAUGGCUUUUGAUGUAGUCAGUAAUUCUUAUUAAAGUGACUAACAAGCUGCUGUUGUAAGGACACAUGGUUUAUAUUAGAAAAGUACUAAUAUAGCCUAGGGGAACUAUGGCUGGGCUACAGGGAUAAGGGCUAUCCUGGGGACAGGACACAGUAAGGUAGAGAGCUGCCUGUGGAAUCUUAGCUCAGAGUUUCCAGACUUACAAAUGCUUUGUUCAUAAGUGUUUGGGAUUUGUUUUCUUCUUUUAUGGUGAUAUUUAGGGAUCCCCCUAAAAUCAGAGCUCUAUCUCACUAGGUACAUACAAUCUGAGCAAAUCAGAGAAAAUUGGCCCCUCCUCAGAGGGCACAGAGCAGAUUGCCGGUGUGGAAACACGUGUGGAGCAGCAGAAAACAUCAGUUUUAUAGUUUAUGGUUUCCCAUCCCAUGCUGCACAGGCCUGCUUUGUGGAUAUUGUGAAAGACACUGGUUUAAAGAGGGAUCUAUAAAAGAGCAAAAUGGCAGUUCUUUAUAUGCUUAUGCCAAGGGUUGGCAUGCAGCGCAGGAGAAAUGUAUCUGCAUUUUAAAACAUCCUAGGUUUUGAAUGCCAUACUAGUGUCCCUAUCUUACAUAAUAUUUUAACACAAUUAGGAACUUCCAGACUCUGGUUGGAAGCCCUCUUUCUCAUCCCCCAGCAUUGCUGUAGUAUGAUAUAUACCAGUCGAUCCUUUUUCAGAAGGCAUCCUGAGCUAGCAACUUUGCAGAGUUUCCUGUAGCUAUUACUUUUCCCAUACAGAGGAUGUGUUUUUCUAUAAUUACAGAUUUCAUCUUAAACUUAAGACUAUACCGUGCAUAGAACAAUGAUGCUGACCAUGCUUGAGCAUGACAAAGAUUUCCAGUAUUCUCAAAAAAAGCUUUGUAUGCUACUCUGGAUUUUUAGCCUCUUGUUCUCCCCACCACCUCCUCCUUCACAAGUGGUGUGUGGUGUUCCCAAGCUCCUGAGAUGCUCAAUUGCCACUUGUAAAUGUCACUGUAUAAACUCCCUCUGGGACUCUGGAAGCUUUGGGCAUCUGAAGGACUGCAGGCCCUGGCAAUUCAACUAAGCCUUUUAAGAAGGCCAGUCACUUGAGGCUUUGCAGUGAUUUUUAGCUGUGUCUAGCACAAGUUUGCAGUCUAUAAAUUCCAUGGUGUGACCCACCAAACCUCUUGGUAGCAAUCCAAGGCACCAGCCUGCAAUGAGGAGGACAAAAGAGGAAAGUAAAUUUGAAGCUUCAAGGCCCAACUGGUUUGAUUUGCGACUUUAAAGUACAUGGAGACACUUUUCUUGGAAGAGCUUCUGAUUCUUUCUCAUCCGCCAAAUGCCUUUCCCAUGCAGACUUUCUGAAACUAAUCUCCUGUGUAUAUUUUUGUAAGUGUGGUUUCUCGGGGUCUUGGAGAGCUAUCAGCUUCUUGAUGUCUUAUCUGAAAGCUAGUCACAGAGGCUGUCUUUCAUUCUGCUGACUGAGGCAGUUCUCCUGCAGCUUCUCACCCCAACGCUUCUCCGUUUAAAAUGGAAGUAUAAUGAGAAAACAACCUUCCUUUAUUCCCUCUACUGAUCUCUGACAGUCUUCUGUGCAUCUCUGUGUUCAGCCAGGGCGGUUGCUUUGCUCUUGAUGGCUUUGUUCUGUUUUCCCUUUCCAAGGAGACGGUGCUGCAAUAUGCAUUGUGGAAUUUCUCAGAAGGUGCCAAACUGAUUGACAGGGAAGUACCAUCCCAAGGGGUGGCUCGGAGAAGACAAGCAGGGGGAUUUGUGAUGGCAUGGUUGCUCCCAGUUCCAUGCAACCAUGCAACUACAUCUGUGCUUAAUCAGGGCAACCCCUCAAAAAGUUGUCACUGCAGUUCAUUGGUGGUAAAGGAGUUUGCUCUUGCAGAAUUCCUGCUGUAAAUCCAUGCUGGUGGUUGAAGGGCAGGUGUGUGAGUGCCGUAUCCUUUCUGUAAGGCUGAGAUGGAGACAGCAGGCUGGAAAAGUAGUGCAGCUGCAGGCCAUGUGACAAGCAUCAAGGGCGGGUGCUCAUUGUAACUGAGAAAGCAUCUCAAACAUUGACCUUCCAGCCUUUCCCCAUCUGUACCUGUUUAACAUACAGAUGGGGGUAAAGGACAUUUGGGCUUGGCAGGACCCCUGCCGCCCAUGCGGAAGUAAAAAGCUUUUAGCCAGCACAUAAUGAACUACGCAUCCUGGUUUUCACUCCCUGCUGCCCACCUCCCUCUGAAAAAGAUCUGGGGAGGGACCGAUUUCCAGCUGUCUCCAAAGAGGAACUGCUGGGAUGACAAGAGCAAGGCUUGCUCCACCCCUAGGAGAUUCAGGACAAGGUUUCGUGUGUUUGAAACUAGAUAGCAACGUACAAGUGUACCUUCGAAGUGCAGGUGUAGUGAGCUGCAUGGUGCUGUUCUGGUUUUGGUUACUGUCCUAUCCUAGCUCACAUGCAGUGUGUGAGAGACCAUGAAGCGUUUUGUAGUUUUAACACUGAUGGCCUGGCAUCAGUUGAGGGUUUUUUUCCCUUUAUUUGCAGCAGUGCCCUAAAUUUGUUUCGGCAACAGUCUUCCUGUGUUUGAAAUGUGGAUGUCAAAGUGGACAGUGUGUCCAGGAGAGAGCAAGAGUUACAUCCACCAGUGGAAGAGGGGAGGAAGGAUUCAUUAGGGUUAGGGAUUAAUUGGGAUUUCACCAACUCUAGUGAGUCCCUCUGUCCUUUGCCCGUUCCAUUUGGAAACACUUGGCUCGCUAGCAGAAGGGCAGUAAGUGGUAUAUCUUCUAAAUAAAACUAGAACUGACUCCCUGUGGGCAAAAUUCCCUUGCUGUGGAUAAAGGUAGACCAAACACCCAAUAGGGACUCAUUUGGCCUUCAAGUCGGUAAGAGGAAAGCAGACGCCUAUUGCACUCAAACACUGUGGAGUACAUCAGAGGAGCAACCUCCCUUUCUGAAGCCAACCAGGCAGCUACAAGAGCUCAGUGCUCAACUCUUAGUCUGGAAAAUCCUCUGAUCCCCUUUUGUGUCACACGCCAGCACUUCCUCUCUCCUCCCUUUCCUAGCUUUCAAGUUUCUUUCUCUCUGCCCACUUUGCUACAGUUGGUUACUGUCAGAGAUGAAAGCUCACUGCCCAUGCGAGUAGAAGGGCAGGAGGUUGAACUUGGCAGCUGUCUCCAUAAGGCAGGCAGGUGGGGAGUACGCAUUUACUCUCCUCAUGGAAUUAAGGUGUCCCUAGUGGCUCACUGUUGUUCUCUCGCAUGCCCCUGCGGUUUGCCAUCCUGGCGUGGUGGUGCCUGUCCUUCUGCCAGCAUGAGGGUUUGCUUCUGCCCUCUGUGCAGGGCUCCUGCGUGUGAUCCUGGUCUGUCUACCUCUAGUGGGGCUUAGGUUUAAAACACAUACUGUGUACAACCAUGAAAGCUGUUGCCUCUCCUCCUGGGUAGAUCAACGAACACAGCUGCAUGAUGUUUUUCUGAGCAGUAAUAAUGUGCAGCAGUGUAACUUGACUUUCCAAUAUUGUUUCAGGGAGCAAACGGCUGUGAAACACACUGGGGGGCUUUACUCUUUGAGUGGGAAACAAGGUGCUCUUGGUGGCCCUGCAUCUUAUCUACGCCACAUUCCUGCUUUCCCAGCAGCUGUUGGGUUUAUUUAGGUGGCCGGGAGAGAGCUGGUUGCUGCUCCUGUGUUUGGGAAGGUAGAAAGGGAAAUCGAAAGUUGAAGUUCAUCCUCAUCCACAAAGCCAAGCACAUGGAAGAAGGGUGUCUGCUGCUGCCACAGAGUGAAGGGUGGGUAGACUGCUGACUUAAUGCCUCUGGGGGAGGAGAGUGACCCGUUGCUGCUUCAUUUGGCACUGAUGGGGCAGGUAGCAGGAGAGCCUAUGCCACUACGUUCAUUUUUAUUGAAGUUGGGUGAUGUUGGGGUUUUUUUGUAUUAUUGUAAGUUUGUAAAGAAUGUAAUCUGUCUGUUGGGGGCACAAGGAGAAAACGGGGGCCUUUCUCUUGUCGGGUGAGGCUGUUCUUAUGUUGCUGUGUUUUUUGGUUUGGGGCGGGGAGGGGGUUCGCAGCUAUUCGGGCAAAAGCCUGCAAAAGCAUUGUCAAAUGCUUGCCACUGUCCCAGGACAGCCAGAGGGUGAGCUAAUGCUGUGGCAUUAGCUGUGAAAAUGCCCCCUGCCUGCAACCCUCAGUGGGGGGAAUCUGACCUGCAAGGGGCUCUGCACUGGGGUGUUUGGCGGGGUGGUGGGAUGUAACACUCAUGGUCCUGCUCAUCUGAAUACAGAGCUGUAUGGCUGCCCAUGCUGUUUAGGAAGGGUUGGGUUUGAUAGCCUGAGUUUCUCAGUGCAAGAAGGAGUUUGUGCUGGAGUUGCUUUCCCCAGCAGGGGCUGAGGUGCUGCACCUCUCCAUCCAUCACCUGCUGCCCGGCAGCCCUGCCCCUGCCUCCCUCCCCAUCCCGUAGAGCACAGUGUCAGGGAUCCUCUUCUCUCUCCUGCUGCUGCAAAGUUGUGUGAACUUUCCUGGUCGAUACUGGAAAGGGGAAUGCUAUUUAUUUUUAUAUUGUGUAUAUUUUGUCUUGGUCUGCUGAUUACCUUUGUUCCCCAAGAGCGACAGUUACCUCAAUAGUUAGUUUAAUACUGUGUGUUGGGUAAUUUUUUUAAAGAACUUUUUUAAAAGCUUGAUCCUUGGAGGUCUGUAGAUUUUAUUUCCAUAUGAAUUGGUUAUUUUGUAUAAAGUAAGUUCUUAAAAUAGCAA